GUCUGAGUUGAGGAUGGACACGAGACCGACGACACACAUUCAACUUCUGGAAACAAAUCAACGUUGUCGACUAGGGAUUUAUCGUUUUUCUCCAUAAGACAUACUUUACAGCUUUUUUAUUUCCAAACUUUAAUUUCACAGAAGGAAUAUUUUCUGCCUUGAAGAGAGAACAUAAAGACUCCCGUUCUACCUCAGCCUCAGGAUUAUGGUGGACUUUGUUCUGUCGAAGGAUCUGAAGGAGGUUAAAAAUGCUGAAAUGUAAAGUUCACAGUUCUCUCUGCUGCUUGUGGUUCACCUCACUGCUGCUGCUGCUGGACCUGAGCGCUGCAGCUCCCACAGAGGCCCUGAACGCCUCAUGUAGCAUCUCCGUCUCUGGGACAGAGUCCAACAUGGACUCAGUGUCUCUGACCGUCAGCACCCCGGGGACACACUGCUCCUUCUCCGUCUCCUCCCCAGACACAGGAGCAGAAGGAGCAGAGUGUAGGAGGAGAGGAGGAGGAGGAGGAGAGGAGGUAGAGACUAAUGAGAUCGGAGGAGGAGAGGAGAAGGAGGUGAAGAAGGAGGAGAAAGGAGCUGACUUUCUGGGAACCAACCAGCUGGGAGAGGAGGAGGAGGAUGAGGAGAGGAGGAAGGAGGUGGGAGGAGUGUUCACCUGCCUGUUGGACCAGCUGGAGCCUGGGACCUCCUACCAGCUGCAGGUCCAGUCAAAGACAGACCAGGAGAGCCAGAACAUCAGCCUGCACACCAGGCCGUCUGCGGUGGUGGACCUCUCGGUGACCUCUGACCUCAGCAGCCUCAGACUGUCGUGGUCGGCCGGACGAGGACGAACGCAGAGAUUCAGACUGGAGCUGUCGGAUCAGAGCGGCGUUCUGAUGAACGAGGCGUUGGAGAGCACGACGACGCGUCACACCGUCACCGACCUGUUGCCGGGGCGACGCUACAACGUUACCAUGGUGACGGAGGCCGGCGGACUGACGAGCAGCCGGACGGCGGCGACGCAGACGGUCCCGGCGGCAGCCUCCAACCUCACCGCUGCAAACGCCACCAGCACCGACUUGUUGUUGUCAUGGCAACAGCCCGAAGGCGACCUGGACGCGCUGGUCGUCGCCGUCUCCUCCAACGGGACGACUCACUUGGAGACGACGCUCCCGCCGAACGCCACGGAGCUCGCCGUCCAUCAGCUGACUCCGGGCUCGGCCUAUCAGGUCACAGUGACAUCACGGAGCGGAGAGCUGACGAGCCAAUCAGAGAGCAGCGUCAGGACAGCUCCGGCGGCGGCGUCCCUCGUCUCUCUGUCCCCGUCCUCCUCUGGCGGCGGCCUGGUCCUCUCCUGGUCGCCCCCCGCUGGCCUCUGGGAGAACUACAGGCUGCUGCUGUUUGACGGCUCCCAGCUGAUAGUCAGCGCCGCUCCGGACCACCAGGCCGUCAACUUCAGCUUCCCCGGGACCAGACUAACUCCUGGGAGGCUGUACAGAGCCCAGCUGACGGUGGAGAGCGGAGGACUGACGGCCGAGAGCCGCUGCGACGGACGCACAGCUCCGGCGGCGGUGUCCGACCUCCACAUCCGUCACGCUGACGAGACGUCGCUGAGCGCCAUGUGGAGCCACGCCCCCUCCGGGUCACGUGACGGCUACUUCCUGUCCAUUCGCCAUGGUAACGUGACGGUGGACACGCGGGACGUGGAGCCCAACAUGAGGGAGUGCACCUUCAACGUGCUGACGCCCGGCACGCCGUACGCCGUCACCGUGACGACCAGGAGCGGGAACCUGAACGCCUCCGUGUCCGUGGAGGGAAGAACGGUCCCCCUAGCGUUGGGUUCUCUCUCUCUGAGGACUUCAGGUGUCUUCAGUCUUCAGGCGUUCUGGGAGAAACCAGCCGGAGACGUAGACUCCUUCAGCCUGACUCUGCUGCACCACGGCGUGGUGGUCCAGAACCGCAGCGUUCCCGUCGGUUCUUCUUCUGUGGUGCUGGACGGUCUGACCCCCGGCGCCCUCUACAGGCUGCAGGCCGCCACCGUCAGCGGAGCGCUGCGCUCCAAGACCACCAGCCUGGAGGGACGCACCGCUCCGGCGGCGGUCUCUGACGUCUCCGUCUCUAACGGCGGGCGUUCUGACGCUUUGCGGGUGUCGUGGCGUGCGGCGGGCGGCGAGCUGGACGGUUACCGGGUCCGUCUGCUGGACGGGACUCGAACCGUCCACACGCUGGCCGUGUCCCGCUCCUCGCCGCCCGAGUGCUCCUUCAGCUCGCUGGUCGCAGGGCGAUGCUACUCCAUCGUCAUAGCGACGCGGAGCGGCAACCUGGAGAACGCCACCACGGUGCAAGCACGCACACAACCGGCCGCCGUGCAAAACCCGACAGCUGUUCACUCUGCAAGAGACGACUUCCUCAAGGUGAACUGGCACACGGUGGGAGAUCUGGACCGCUAUGUGGUUCUGAUCCGCUACAACAACAGCGUCCUUCAGAAUAAAAGCGUCUCGGCGGGACGCAACGAGUGCGUCUUCUCGUCUCUGUCGCCAGGCAGACUCUACACCGUUACCGUGGAGACGUGGAGCGGAGACUUCGUCAGCAGCGUCUCCACCGACGGACGAACCUUUCCAGCAGCUGUUGGAAAUCUGUCGCUAAGCGACGCAGGAACAGGCGACCUGACCGUCACCUGGAGCCCCGCCCCCGGAGACGUCGACCACUACGAGGUGACUCUCCUCUUCAACGAUACUCGUGUUUUCCCUCCGGUGACUCUGAGCAGCGAGCGGCGGCGCCACCAGCUGACGUCUCUGACGUCGGGACGCCUUUAUAAGAUCGUGGUGUCGACGUUCAGCGGAACCAAUCAGAGAGCUCAGUUCAUCGAGGGACGCACGGUCCCCAGCGCCGUGGGCAACCUCCGCCUGGCGCCGCAAUCCGGACUGACGGACGCCGUCGGCGGGCUGCUGGCGUCCUGGACGCCCGGAGACGGAGACCUGGACAUGUACGUCGUCUCGCUGUCCACCACGAGCGGCGUGAUCGAGACUCGUCCCGUCCCCAAACACGUCUCGUCUCUGGACUUCCUGGAUCUGAUCCCAGGCCACGCCUACUCCCUCACCGUCCAAUCACUGAGCGGGAACCUCGUCAACAGCAACACGGUCACCGGACGCACCGCUCCGGCCCGUGUGACGGCGCUGCAGGCGGACAACGACCACACCACCCACAGCCUGACGGUGGCGUGGGAGCGUCCCGUCGGCGUCUUCGACUCGUUCCGUCUGUCGCUGCUGGACGAGCUCGGCGUCCUGGUGGCGAACCGCUCCGUCUCCGCCGAGAGUCGCAGCGAGCGCCUGGACGCUCUGACGGCGGGGAGGUGGUACCGCGUCAAGCUCGCCACCGUCAGCGGAGGAGUCCCGUCGCUGGACGCCACCGCAGAGGGACAGACACGUCCGGCUGCUGUCAGUAAUCUGACCGUCAUGGCGACCAACACCUCGUCUCUCAGCUUCUCGUGGCGUCCGUCAGACGGACACGUCGACAUCUACGACCUGUCACUCUUCAUCAUCACCGAGGCAACGGCCAAUCACAGGCCGGACGCCGCAGUGAGGCGGGAGCACCAAGAGAAUGUGGAGGUCCCCGUAGACCUCCAGAAGGUGGGCUCGUCCUCUGACAGCUGUGUGUUCUCUGGUCUGACAGCAGGAAGUCUCUACCGUCUGCAGGUCGUCAGCUGGAGCCGCGGCAUGAGCAGCGACUCCUCGCUGCUCGCCAGGACCGUCCCGUCUGCCGUCUCGUCUCUCCAGGUUCAGAGUUCAGGACGGACGGACAGACUGGCGGUCAGCUGGCAGCACGGAGACGGCAGCAGGAGCAGCUACCAGGUGGUGUUGUACGACGUCUCCGGAGCGUCUCUGGCCGCUCAGACUCUGGGGGCGGAGCAUACGAGUCACAUGUUCUCGGGGCUGGUCGCUGGUCGUCUCUACCGCUCUGAUGUCAUCACACACAGCGGAGAACUGACCAAUCAGAUCUCAGCAUCCGGACGCACCACCCCGGAGCCGCCCACCCACCUGUCCGUCAAACAGGGCCCGACCAAUGAGACGAUAGAGCUGUCCUGGUCUAGUCCCGCCUCCGGAGACUACGACAGCUUCCUCCUUCAGUGGACGCCGGCGGACCGCCUGUCCGUCACACACACUCACCUCACCGGACGCAUCCUGGCCGGGAUGUUUCCCGGGCGACAGUACAACUUCACCGUGGUGACGGUCAGCGGGGGCGGGGCCAGGGGCGGGCCUUCGGUCAGGAGCCAGCCAAUCCAGAGGAACGUCAGGACAAGUCCGUCUCCUCUGAGGUCCCUCCACUGUUUCCCUCUCUCCUCCUCGUCUCUCUCCUGCUCCUGGUCGGCUCCUCUGUCCGACUUCGACUCCUACGAGGUCGAGUGUCGUCGCCACGACGACGGCGAGCUGACCGCGGCGCGGCGGCUGGAGGAGGGCGUCACCACGGUAACGCUGGAACACCUGGAGGCGUACAGGAAGUACUCGGUGACAGUCAGAGUGGCGUCCAGCGGACAGACGAGCACGCCGACGACACACACCACCGUCACCAUGAUAGACCGUCCUCCGGUCCCGCCCCCCAGCGUCAGAGUCAGUGAGAAGUCGUCGAAGCUCACGUCGUCGUCCAUCUUGUUCCGCUUCAACUGCUCCUGGUUCAGCGACGCCAACGGAGCCGUCCGGUUCUUCGCCGUCGUCGUGGCCGAGUCCGACGCCGUGGAGCUGCUGCAGCCCGACCAGCGCCACCCUCUGCCCUCGUACCGCGACUACGCCACCAACUCCUCCGUCAGAGCCUAUCAGACCGCAUACUUCGCCAGCCGCUGCCCGCAGGACGCCAGCGCCACCACGGGACAGGUGGUGGAGUUGAACCUCGGGGCAGGUAUGGACCGGCUGGGCGGGGCCUGUGACCGUUACCAUGACGACGACCUCUACCUGAGUGACAGCUACGGAGGAUUCUGUGACGGACCACUGAGAGCCAAAACCUCCUACAGGCUCAGUGUGAGAGCGUUCACCAGACUGUUUGAUGACAACCACAGAGAGUUUCCUCAGCCGCUCUUCACCGACACCUACCUGUCGGCUCCACUCAGGACACACGCAGAGCCUCUGGGUGGAGUGGUGGAGGGUCUGAGUGCGGGGAUGUUCCUGAUCGGGAUGAUGGUCGCUGUUGUCUCUCUGCUGGUCUACAGACAGCGGCUACGCAAAGUGGCGGUGCAGGAGAACCCGGUGGUGAGGAUGAGCAUGUGGAAAGAAGUUCCAGCGCCAGGACUUUAUCUGGGCGUCAGGAGUAAUCGUCGCGUCACCAGUCCCAUCAAAGCGUGUCACUUUGAGUCUCACCUGAACAAACUGCAGGCCGACUCCAACUACCUGCUGUCGGAGGAGUUUGAGGAUCUUAAAGACGUCGGACGCAACCAGACGAUGGACGUCGCCCGACUCCCAGAGAACCGAGGAAAGAACCGCUACAACAACAUCCUGCCAUAUGAUUCUACCAGAGUGAAGCUGUCGUACCUGGAGGACGAUCCCUGUUCUGAUUACAUCAACGCUAGCUACGUACCUGGUGCCAACUACCGGAGGGAGUACGUGGCCACUCAGGGUCCUCUCCCCGGCACGAAGGAUGAUUUCUGGCGGAUGGUUUGGGAGCACGGCGUCUACAACGUCGUCAUGGUGACGCAGUGUGUGGAGAAGGGACGGGUGAAGUGUGACCAGUACUGGCCUGCAGACAGAGAGCCGCUCUACUACGGAGAUCUGGUGAUCCAGAUGCUGUCGGAGUCCGUCCUGCCGGAGUGGACCAUCAGAGAGUUCAAGAUCACCUCGGAGAGCGGCUGCAGCUACCCUCGAGUGCUGCGUCACUUCCACUACACGGUGUGGCCCGACCACGGCGUCCCCGAGACCACCCAGUCCCUCAUCCAGUUCGUCAGGACCGUCCGGGACUACGUGGACCGCUCGCCCAGCACCGGCGCCACCGUGGUCCACUGCAGUGCUGGUGUUGGGCGGACCGGGACCUUCAUCGCUCUGGAUCGGGUUCUGCAGCAGCUGGACUCUAAAGGAACCGUGGACCUGUACGGCUGCGUGUUCGACCUCCGCCUGCACCGCCAGCACAUGGUCCAGACUGAGUGCCAGUAUGCCUUCCUGCACCAGAGCGUUCGUGACGUCCUGAGAGCCAAGAAACAUCGCAGCGAGCAGGAGAACCCUCUCUACCCCAUCUACGAAAACUUCAACCCCGAGUACUGCCGCGAUUUCAUCUACACCGGACGCUGAACACGAGGAACAUUAGCUUCACAUUACAGGGACGAAACAGCAAUGUGUGAAAAUAAGAACACAUAAAUGAUAGAAAAAUGUACUUAUUGUUUGUGUUAAUCUGUGUAUCCCUGCUUUAAGUUCAUAUCAGUGUUACAACUUUAAUGCCAACAAAACCACAGAAGAUAAACUGAAGCUGUAAACAAUCUGUGACUCCAGUUUAAACACAGAGAAGAUAUUUUUUGCUGGUGUUACACAGACGUUUGUAAAAGAAUCAGAUUUUAAUGAAUGUGGCUUCUGAUUUUCUGAAGUGCUGGAGGGUUACACGGGUUGAUCUCAGGUCGCUGGUUAUUAUUAAAGAUGUAUGUUUUCAAAUCUGAUGUUUAGCUCAAACUGACGGAUCCCAGGGAAGGAAAGAGCCAUCUGUUUGUUUCUGUUAGUUCUCACUCUGCUCCAUAUAAGCUGUUUAUUUAAAACCUUACACAUAUUGCUGUAUGUAAAUAUUGGUGUACUCUUUUUUUAUAUAUGAAUAUGAUUAUAUACUGUAUGUCGACAAUUUCUAUGCUGUAUAAUAUUAUUUACAUUUAUAUCUCAUUUAAUGCAAUAAUCUGUAACCUGCUGUAUUCAGACUUUCAGUGACUGUUACAUUAUAAAAAUAUAAAUGCACAUUAUUUCACGUAAUGAACUUAAAAAAAAAGUCUGAAUACGAAGCAGGAACUUCACCUCCCCUCUUUUAUAAAAAUGAAUUCAUAAAUGACUGAAUGUUUUUCUC